CCUCUCCCGCCCGGCAGCUGACAACUCUCAUAGGCCGGCGCUGGCAGCCGUACGAGUCUCCACGUGGGCCGGCGAGCGAGUGACACUAUCAAUAAUGGCAUCAUCGUGCUUCCAUCUGUUACUGCUUCUUCUGGGGGCCAGUGCUGUGUUAACAUCAAAGACACCCAAGUCAAAGGUUGUAAAAUGCGCUGUAUGUCACAGUCUCAUGACCGAGCUCCACAGUUCCAUUUCUCAGGUAGACCCCAGGAAAAAAAUAGACGUUGGUUCGUAUCGGAUCGAUGCCGAUGGAAAACAGAAAUUGUCAUCAGUGAAGUACGCUGGCUCUGAGCUGCACAUGAUGGAACUUCUGGAGUCGGUGUGUGAGAGCAUGAAGGACUAUGCACAGGCCCGGCACAAGGAAACAGGCCGACUGGAAGCUAUCAAGCUUGUAGUGGAUGGGGGUAUGAACCCACGCUUUAACGAGUAUGAAAUGGUGCAGGACCCUGAUCUCAACAAGGGUCUUGAAUUCCACUGCAACACACUUGUGGAGGAGUUUGAGGAUGAAUUGGUGGCUCACUUCAGGGAGAAUGCAGAGACUGAUGUUGAAGAUUCACAGGAGACAUUUUGCUACAAGGUGUCAGAUGUAUGCACUGGGAUCAAGGACGAAUUGUAAUGAUAAAUAGUUAGGUUUAAUCAUUCAGAGCCAUCUUAAGUAUUCCAUGUUAACAUGUUCUGUGUUAUUUUUUUACAUAGAUUUGUAUGUAAAUGUGAAAAGAAUAUGUUAUUUAUGCAUUUCUUUGUUGUCUAUUGUUUAAGAACAUUGUAAUGUAUAAUGACUUGUGAUGAAGAUAUAAAUUGAAUAAGUUAUUACAUUUAAGAAAAGAAAUUUAACUGCUGCAGAUAUAUACAAUUGAAUUAUUACAAAUGUAUAAUCCAUUAUUAUUAUUACAUGGAAAUAAAAGAAUUGGAACACUAUCAAUACUUUUCAGAUUUCAAAUUCAUUGGUUCAUCCCAACUAUGAUGAUGAUCAUUUAUUUUAGAUUACAGUAAAUGGUAUAAACAAUGAGAUUAUUCCUGGACAAACUCUGAAAACCUCUGAUAAUGAAAUUUUCUGGAUUAGAAUUGCUCAGAGAAGGACAGCCUUCUAUAUUGUAUUUAAGACUAUUAAGGACAACAUUAUAUUUUUUUUUUUUAUCCAUCAAGUGUGCUACUAAAAUAACAUGUAAAAUAAAUUUACAAUGAAAAGUUCUUAAACUUGUAUUACAUUCCUCUAAUUUGUUAUUGAUGGAAUGAAAAAAGAAAAAAAGAGAUUCUCAUCCUCUAUAUACUUCUUAUUUAUUAAGAUUCUUUUUCCCAAUAGUUGUCCUGUUGGAUAUUUUCUUUUUUUUGUGGUUUGGAAGGCACUAGUAGAAUUAGCUCAAAGCAUUUGGUGUUCAGUAGUUUAUAAACCAUGACUUCAAAACUGAUUAUAAGAAAGAGUUUUGUGUGGUAACCAAGGAACCAUAAAUAUGAAGAUGUGAGAAAAAAACGUAUAUUUUUAUAUUUGAAUAGGUAAGGUACCCUUGAAAUGGUUGUUGAAUCACAUUAUUUCUUUCUGUAUGUAAAGUGUGAAACUGCCUUUUUCAUAUUUAAGGAUUUUUCAUACCUUAAAAUCAUGGUGGAUUCUCCUGUAUACCACAUAUAUGAUGGUGAUUUUGUUUUCAGAAGCUAGUUUCAUUACAUUUUUUUGUUACAAGUUUAUAAUUUUUUUUUCACCUUAAAGGCAAAAGAAAAAAGAAAAAAAGUUAAAGUUAACAUUUAUGAAAUUUGGUUGCAUUGAAAAACUUUUUAUCUGUUAUGGUUACAGGAAUUGUUUUAAGAACAACAGUAAUCAUUAUUAUUGUUGUUUAAACAAUUCCUGUAACCAAUGAUUAGUGUUGUUUUUGUUUGUUUUUUUAGAUAUUAUUAUUACUGCUAUUAUUUUAAGCAGCAGCAUCAUUAUUUAUUAUUGUUAUGCACUGACAAAGAUGAAUGUGUAUUUAAGUAAACAAAUUUGUGAUGGAUUUUGUAAGAUUGUGUAGUGGUGGGGCAUUUUACAUUAUUUUGUCAUUUGUACGGUCUAAAAUGGAAAUGGGUUGUUUUAAAAGAUUUAAUAAAAGAUAUUUAUUAAUUA